AUGAAUGAUGAAAAUGAAGUAUUAGAAAAAUUUAAAGGAAGACCUUUAUUUGAAAAUCUACAUAAAAUGAAUCAAACAAGUUUAUUAUCACAUAAAUCAUUAGAAAUUGAUAUGAAAGGAUUUUUUAACUUGUUAGUUAUAUUAAUUUUUACAACAAAUUUUAGACUUGUAUUAGAAAAUUUUAAAAAAUAUGGAUUAAUAAUAAAAAUACCAACAAGUUGUGAUAUUAUUAAAAAUCUCCCAAUAUUAUUAUGUUUUAUUUGCUUAAAUAUAGGUAUUUUUUUCAGUUGGUUUAUAGAAAGAUAUGUCACUUCAUGGUUAUAUCAAUGUGUGAAUAAUAAAUCAAAUGAAGAUUUUUCUGAUGACAUAUAUCCAAAUGAUAAUGAUGAAAAAGAUGAUUAUGAAUUUUUAAGUAAUAUUUACGAUGAGCAUACUGAUAAUAAUGAAAAUUUUAAGAAUCUUUGUGAAAGCGAAAAUGAGAAUAGAAAAAAAAAAAAUAAAGAUGAAGAAUUGAUUAAUACCAAAAAUGAAAAUAGUGAAUUAAAAAAAAGACAAUUUUUAAAAAAAAAAAAUUCCUUAAAAAAAAAAAAAGUAAAAAAAAAAAAAAUCCAUGGAUGGAAAGGUUUUCAUUUGUCUAUAUUUUUAUUAAUAUGUAUAAAUAGCAUAUUUGUUUUAUUGUUACCAUUUUUAACCAUAUCAUAUUAUGAUACAGAGCCAAUACUAUCAACAGUAUUAUUAUCUAUAUCCAUUGUUUGGUUUUUUAAGUUUUAUUCCUUCCACCAAGUAUGUUAUGAUAUUAGAAAACUUUAUAUAGAAAAUGUUAAUUUGGAUAAUGUAGAAAAUCUACAUUAUGAAUUAAAAUUUGUAAAAAAUUAUCCUUAUUGUUUAAAUUUCAAAAAUUAUUAUACUUAUAUAUUAAUGCCAACUAUGUGUUUUCAAUUUUGCUAUCCAAGAACAAAAAAAAUUCGAUGGUUACAUGUCGCUAAGCAUAUUCUAGAAGUAUUUUUAUUAAUUAUAAUGAUAAAAAUAAUAUCAGAUCAAUAUAUGUUUAUAACAGUUAAAAAUACAUUCACAAUGAAAGAAUUUAGUUCUGCACAAUUUUCAGUUAAACUUACUCACAUAAUUGAAAGGAUGCUAAAAGUGUCUAUACCAACCUUAUAUAUAUGGUUAAUUGGUUUUUUAAUAGUUUUUCAUCAUUGGUGUAAUAUUUUAGCUGAAAUUACGAGAUUUGGAGAUAGAUUAUUUUAUAAGGACUGGUGGAAUGCUAGCUCAUUUGCUGAGUAUUGGAGGAAGUGGAAUUUGCCUAUACAUUAUUUUGUAAGUAGACACAUAAAUAAACCUUUAAUAAAUUAUGGGAUAAAUAGAAAAUGUUCAAUGGUUGUUGUUUUUCUUUUAUCUGCUUUAUUACAUGAAUAUUUAAUAAGUAUUCCUUUAAAGCUAGGUUUUUCAGGAUAUAUAUUUUUUGCUUUUAUUUGUCAGAUUCCGCUUAUACAUUUAACAAAUAAUGAAUUUUUUAAAAAACAUAAAACAAUUGGAAAUUCAAUAUUUUGGAUGGUAUUUUGUUUUACGGGGCAACCCUUGAUUUUAUUUAUUUAUUAUUAUAUGUGGAUAGAAAAACAAGGAAUUCUUAAAAAUCAUUAA